AUGGCUGGGGAAAGGAACAGUACAACACUUACAAAGUUCAUUCUCAUGGGAUUUUCUGAGUUUCCAAAGCUCACCAUUGUCCUCUUUUCAGCAUUCCUGGGAAUCUACCUCAUGACAGUGUCCUGGAAUAUCAGCCUCAUCACCCUCAUCAGGCUGGACUCCCACCUGCACACACCUAUGUACUUUUUUCUCGGUAACCUGUCCCUGCUAGACAUCUGCUAUGUUUCCACUAUAGCCCCCAGGAUGCUCUCAGACUUCUUCAGAAAGCAAAAAUUCAUCUCCUUUAUGGGGUGCACCAUGCAAUACUUCAUUUUCUCUAGUCUGGGUCUGACCGAGUGCUGUCUCCUGGCGGCCAUGGCUUAUGACCGCUAUGCCGCCAUUUGCAAUCCUCUGCUCUACACUGCGGUCAUGUCUCCUACCCUCUGUGUGCAGAUGGUGGCAGGAUCGUGUAUAACUGGAUUCUUUGGCUCAUUUAUCCAACUAUGUGCCUUACUUCAGCUCCAUUUCUGUGGCCCCAAUGUCAUUAACCAUUUCUUCUGUGACCUUCCCCAAUUACUGAUACUAUCCUGUUCUGAUACUUUUUUCUUUCGAAUCAUGACCUCUGUGCUCACAGUGAUCUUCGGACUCAUGUCUGUCCUGGUUAUCAUGAUAUCUUAUGGUUAUAUCGUUGGUACCAUUCUGAAGAUCACUUCAGCAGAAGGCAGGUCCAAAGCCUUCAACACCUGUGCUUCUCACUUGACAGCAGUGACUCUCUUCUUUGGCUCAGGUAUCUUUGUUUAUAUGUAUCCUAACUCUGGUGAUUCUGGGAGCCAAAACAAACUGGCAUCCGUGUUCUACACUGUUGUCAUUCCCCUGCUAAACCCACUGAUCUACAGCCUGAGGAACAGAGAAAUCAAAGAUGCCCUGAGCAGAUGGAAGAAGAUAAUCUUUUCUUGA